UGACAGGCUAAAGACACACCUUGUACAACCUUUGAACAACCUACCUUUCAUUUCCUCAAUGCUUGAAAUGACUAACAAAAAUGACAAAAUGUGACGUCUAAACUGAAAAUCCGCUAUUUCCACACAUUCUUAAAAUCUUGGCAAGCCAAAUCUCAGGAACCGGGGGAAACAUGGGGUCUGCUGCACACACACUGUGUGUGCUGUUGUGUUUUUGGGUCUCAGUAUCAUGCCUCGCACUCCAGACCGUGGGCCCGUGUACGGUCAACAGAGAGACGGCCGCUUUCGACUGCAGUAAGAGACGGCUUACAUCGGUACCAAAUCACAUCUGGAUGAAUGUGACUGAGUUGGACCUUUCUGAUAAUUUCCUAGACCUAACCGAUACCAACAUCUUCAAGCAGUUAAACCUAUUCAGCAACUUGAUCGCACUGAAUUUAUCAGGCAACUACCUCCCCCUACUGUUAAAAGACCACCUUUUCAGCCUCCCUUCUCUCAGAAUACUGGACCUAAGUAGGGGUGAGCUGACAUCAGUACAGGCAAGCGCUCUUAUUAGACUCCCCAGUUUAGAGAUGCUCUUCCUGGGUGAAGAUCAAAGGCAAGGCCACCUGUUAACUGCAGUUCAAGACCUAAAAAUAACAGAUGGCAUUGCUCAAGAUGACCACAAUAAUGAGGCAGAAUUUUUUAAGAAUGUCAAACAUGGAGCCUUCCUGCGUAAACUACUGGCACAGGACCAAGACAACUCUACAGAUGUCACUGUAGCAACCCCAGGAAAUGGCACAGCCAAAGAUGAUGGUUCAAAAUCCUCCUCAUACAGUUGGAAGGCACUUGUGGCUGUCCUGGUGUCAGCCAUCUCCAUCUCCAUUGUAAUUGCAUUGGUAGCCAAGUGCAAGCUUGUGCACAAGUAUCUGGCAAGCUAUAGACACUCCAGGCUCAGUGAGGCAGAUGGAACAAGCCAGUGUGACCCUGCAAACUUCGGGGUGGGGUUCUCGAGUCACGGAGGCCCGGGGACCCGCGCGGCUGCGUCUACUGAUGAGGUUGAGGAGGAUGACGAUGAUGGGUUUAUUGAAGAUAACUAUAUUCAAGCAAGCGAGAGUGUGAGAGCUGCAAGAGCAUCAGAAAUGAAUGAGGAUGAUGAGGAUGAUGAUGAUGAUGAUGAUGAGGAUGAAAUUCAAUUCAGUAUUGGUUAGAUUCAUUAUAUGUAAUGUCAUUAAAUCUUAAACGAAAUUUAAAUUUAACUCAUUCAUAGUGCCAUUCUGCCGAGUAGGAUCCUACUCUUCAGGGAACCUGUGUGAACAUGUGGGUACAUUUCCCAGGAUUACUAGUAAUUGCAAAAAUAUACAAAAACAAAAAGGAUUUAAUUAAAGGUAUAGCGGAGGAUUUUCUCGAAUUUUAGAAAAGAACCGCCUUCUCCACGUUUUUAAAAAAUGCAAUUGCGAUUGACAACUAGGAGGACCAAUAGUCUUAAUGAUCCACCCGGAAAAAGAAAAUCCUCCGCAAUACCUUUAAUUUAGUAUUAUUUCUUUACAGAUGCAAUGUGAUUUCAUAUUUUGAAAUGUAAAGUGAAGUGUAAUUUAAGUGAUCAAACAGUUUUGGGGGGCACUAUUAUACCUAUAAGUGUCUUUACACUUAACAACAUAUUAUUUGUUAUCUUUCUGAGCUUUAUAUAUAAUGUUUGUUAAUGUUCUAAUGAUGUUAUUCUAGAACGUUACUUUUUUUAGAUUAAAAUAUUAUGAAGUAAAAAGGGAAAUUUGCAUCUACUUCAUUUUAUUAUCAUCCUUUUCUACCAUUUACACUAAUGUAUUUUUGUACGUACACUCCAUUUCUAAAUUAAAAGAUUUAAGUGGCAAA